UGGAAUCCGGGUUUACUACUCGUCGAUCACAUCCACUUCCAAUACAACGGCAUUUUAAGCGCUUUACUCCUUCUCUCCAUCGCUAGGAUUAUACAGAAGCGAGAGAUUGAAUCCGCCUUUUGGUUCGCAGUACUACUCAAUAUGAAACACAUCUAUGUCUACAUUAGUCCCGCAUUUUUUGUCUAUUUAUUGCGAAACUAUUGUUUUGAUCGACACUUGAAUUUUAAAGCCAAGAAUUUUGCCAAAUUAGCGUUAAUAGUAUCGCUUGUAUUCGCCGCUAGUUUUGGCCCAUUUCUGGUUUUGGGACAAUUCUGGCAAUUAAUGUCCCGAUUGUUUCCAUUCAAACGAGGUUUAAGUCACGCCUAUUGGGCGCCCAAUUUCUGGGCACUUUAUAACACUGUCGACAAAGUGUCGGGUGUUUUGCUAAAAGUCAAACCAAAUGCAAACUCCUCGAUGACAUCGGGACUCGUCCAACAGUAUGAGCAUCAGGUGCUCAUCACUAUUACACCGAUCAUGACGUUUGCUUUAGUCGUUAUUUCAAUUUUGCCAUCAAUGCGUUUGUUAUGGCGAAGAAGUCACCAGAACUACUCUCAGAUACUGUUCCUGCGAUCGGUAGUGAUGUGUGCAUUCAGUUCCUACAUGUUUGGUUGGCACGUUCACGAGAAGGCAAUCUUAUUGAUUACAAUCCCAUUAACACCGUUAGCAAUGGUCAGCAAAUGGGACGCAAAGAUGUUUAAUAUGGUGUCAGUUAUCGGCAAUUAUUCAUUGUUCCCAUUGCUCUAUAAAGAAGCCGAAACUGUGACCAAAAUUUUAUUGCUUGUUAUUUAUUCUGUUUAUUCGUUUAAAAGUCUUGAAAUUCAUCACAAACUGACGGCCAAUAAGUUUGAAAACAAGUUUUUGUUGAGCUUUCCUUUAAUGAACUUUUUUGAAACUAUUUAUUUAAUGGGUUUAAUAGUUAUUCAAUCGAUUUACUUGUUUUGUCCGUUGUUUACUAUUUGCCAAAGAUAUCCAUUCGUGCCUUUAAUGACAACAUCUUUUUAUUGCAGUUUAGGUUUAAUUUAUUGUUUCAUUGAUUUUAUUAGAAAUUUACAUAUUAUUAGAGCAUAAAAAUGUGC